AUGCCCUACCUGUACUGGGACUCGAAGCCGCGGCCGCCGGCGCAUCCCGGGGCUGCCCGUGGCACCCACAGCUCGGGGAAGGCCUACGAGGAGCUGAAGCAGGAGUGCCUGCACAGUGGCGUCCUCUUUGAGGACUCCAACUUCCCCGCCUGCAACUCCUCUCUCUUCUUCAGUGAAAACCCACCCAUUCCCUUCGUCUGGAAGGGGCCUGGGGACAUUGUCAAAGACCCCAAGUUUAUCCUUGGAGGAACUGCCAGAACUGACAUUUGCCAAGGGGAUCUUGGUGACUGCUGGCUAUUAGCAGCCAUAGCUUCUCUCACACUGAAUGAAAAAACACUAGCAAGAGUGGUGCCAUUGGAUCAAAAUUUUGGGCCAGAUUAUGCUGGAAUAUUUCACUUCCAGUUUUGGCAGCACAACGCAUGGCUGGGUGUCGUGAUUGGUGACCGAUUACCCACCUUCAAGGGCCGGCUGGUUUUCUUGUGCUCAGCUGAACUCAAUGAAUUUUGGAGUGCUUUACUAGAGAAGGCCUAUGCCAAGAAACAUGUGUUUUGUAGGUUGAAUGGCAGCUACGAGUCUCUGAAGGGUGGCACUACAAUAGAGGCCAUGGAGGAUUUCACUGGGAGUAUAGGAGAAAUGUAUGAUGUUAAGGCGGCUCCUGACAAUUUCUAUGAAAUCCUAGAAAAAGCCCUGAAAAGAAGCUCAGUGGUGGGCUGCUCUAUUGAUACCACCAGUGCUGCCGAGUCAGAAGCCAGAACCCCCUCUGGCCUUGUAAAGGGCCAUGCUUACUCGACUGGCAUUGAGGAGGUGAGCUAUAAAGGCCAGCAAGUGCAGCUCAUAAGGAUAAGGAACCGGGGACAGGUGGAGUUGAACGGCCCUUGGAGUGACAACUCUCCCGAGUGGUGCUCAGUCAGCCGAUCAGAGCAGAGACACCUGUCUUGGGCAGCACGGGAUGAUGGAGAGUUCUGGAUGAAAUUUGAAGACUUCCAAGUGUAUUUUGACAAAGUUGAGAUCUGCAACCUGACUCCAGAUGCCCUGGAAGACAGCACUGCCCACAAAUGGGAAGUGACCUUUCACCAGGGAAUUUGGGUUCGGGGAUCCACUGCAGGAGGAUGCAGAAAUUUUCUAGAGACUUUCUGGACAAACCCAUAAAUCAAGCUAUAGUUGACAGAGAAGGACGAUGGACAAGAUGACUGCACAAUCACAGCAGCACUGAUGCAGAAGGGACACCGCAAACUCAAGAAGCUUGGUGCUGAAAUGUUGACCAUUGGCUACUCUAUUUAUGAGAGCCCCGGCAGAGACGGACACUUGGGCAAAGACUUUUUCAGGUACCACCCCUCCAAGGCCACAAGCAAAUCCUACAUCAAUUUAAGGGAAGUAUCCCUCCGAUUCAAGCUGCCACCUGGUGAUUAUGUUUGUAUUCCAACCACGUUUGAGCCACACCAGGAGGCAGAUUUCUGCCUGAGGAUCUUCUCUGAGAAGAAGGCCAUCACUGAAGAUCUAGAUGAAAACGUUGCCAUUGAUCUCCCUGAGCCUCUACACCCAACCCCAAGCCAAGAAGAAACUGAAGCAGAAAAGCAAUUUCGGGCACUGUUUGAGCAGAUUUCAGGAAAGGACAUGGAGAUAUCUGCAGAAGAACUUGCGUAUGUUCUGAACGCUGUAUUAAAAAUAUCAAAGAACAUAAAAUUCAAGAACUUAAGUCUCAUUUCAUGCCAAAAUAUAAUUUCUCUUAUGGAUACCAGUGGCAACGGGAAACUGGAAUUCAGUGAGUUCAAAGCUUUCUGGGAAAAAAUGAAGAACUGCAUAAGUAUCUUUUUUCAGUUUGAUAAAUCUGGCUCCAUGUCCUCUUAUGAGCUUCGUGGUGCUCUUAAAGCUUCAGGAUAACAACUCAACAACUACCUGCUGCAUCUGAUUGUCCUCUGAUACUCUGACAAGCAGUUCCAGAUUGAAUUUGAUGAUUUUCUCAACUGCUUAAUUCACCUGGAGAAUGCAAGCCAAGUAUUCCAAGCGUUGAGUUCGAAAAACAAGGAGCUCAUUAACCUGAAUAUAGGGGAGAGACAGAAACCAUCAAUAAACAUUUUGGGCACAAGGGUGGUCAGAAGUAUCCCACGCUUCUUCAAAAACUCAGCAAUGCUGCAUCUUUGGUUUGGUUUGGGUUUUUUUGGCCCGGCCCCGGCGGCGACGGGGGUGGGGGCCGGCGGGGGACAGCCCCUGCGGCGGGACCGCCCCUUGGCAGCGAUGAGUUGGAGGACGGCCCCCGCUGCGACACCGCCCCUCAGCGGCGGCAACGGCGGGGGCGGGACCAGAGGGAAGCAACUCCUGUUAAGACACGCCCCCGACGGGCGGGGCAGCCACACGCGCCGGAGAGAUCAAAUGUUUGAAGACGCUGCGAACGCGGGGAGGCGACCGAGAGGAGGAGUCAGGAAAGAAAAAAUAAACUGGCUUGAACCGUGA